AUUAACUUAAUCGCGACACGUCAAAUGUCACCGGCUUCUGGCUCUUGACACACAAGACACGUCCCUAAAAUUUUCGAAGCCGAUUUUUUGCCGAAACUCGCCUUAAAUCACUUUCGGCAUUGAAUUUCCCGCGUCAGAGUUCUCUGCACGAAUUCAGAAUGACGGCGGUGGAGCAACCAUGUUACACCCUCAUAAACAUGCCCUCGGACUCUGAGGCCCCAAAUGAAAUGCAGCUCCGGGCUGAUUUGGAAAAGGGCGACAUCAAAAUUAAGAUUGAGGCCCUGAAAAAGAGCAUCCAACUCAUCCUGGCUGGCGAACGUCUUCCUGGCUUGUUGAUGACUGUGAUCAGGUUUGUGCUGCCCCUGCAGGACCACAUGAUCAAGAAGCUGCUGCUCGUCUUCUGGGAGAUUGUGCCCAAGACCACCCCCGACGGAAAACUCAUGCAGGAGAUGAUUUUGGUGUGUGACGCAUACAGAAAAGAUUUGCAGCACCCCAACGAGUUCAUCAGAGGAUCAACGUUGAGAUUUUUAUGCAAACUAAAAGAACCUGAGUUGCUGGAGCCUCUCAUGCCUGCUAUCAGAGCUUGUUUGGAGCAUAGGCACUCGUAUGUGAGGAGGAAUUCCGUUUUAGCAAUUUUUACGAUAUACAGGAAUUUUGAGUUUCUGAUUCCGGACGCCCCAGAGUUGAUUUCUAACUUCCUGGAAGGAGAGCAGGACAUGUCAUGCAAGCGUAACGCAUUCCUCAUGCUUUUGCAUGCUGACCAAGAAAGGGCCCUCUCCUAUCUUGCUGCCUGUCUCGAUCAGGUUGCCUCUUUUGGGGACAUUUUGCAACUCGUCAUUGUCGAGUUGAUCUACAAGGUCUGCCACGCAAAUCCGAGUGAAAGGUCUCGCUUCAUCAGGUGCAUUUACUCGCUACUCAACUCGCAGAGUGCUGCGGUGCGCUAUGAAGCAGCAGGAACUUUGGUCACCCUCUCGAGCGCUCCGACGGCCAUCAAAGCAGCUGCUUCUUGUUACAUUGAGUUGAUAGUGAAGGAGAGUGACAAUAAUGUGAAGCUCAUUGUACUUGACCGUCUGAUUGCCCUCAAGGAGCACCUAUCUCAUGAGAGAGUUUUACAAGAGCUGGUGAUGGAUAUUGUCCGUGUCCUUGCAAGCCCCGAUCUGGAAGUGAGGCGCAAGACUCUGGCUUUGGCUCUUGAGUUAGUCUCCUCCCGCAAUAUCGAAGAGCUUGUUUUAGUUCUGCGCAAGGAAGUGGCCAAAACGCACAAUACCAUCGAACAUGAUGACACUGGCAAGUACCGUCAGUUGUUGGUUCGCACUCUUCACGCUUGCUGCGUCAAGUUUCCGGAUGUGGCGGCCACUGUUGUGCCAGUCUUAGUCGAGUUUCUCUCCGACAGUAACGAGCUUGCUGCAACUGAUGUGCUUGUAUUCUUAAGAGAGGCUAUCCAACGUUUUGAGAACUUGCGGCCUCUGAUCAUUGAGCACCUGCUUGACGCCUUCCCAUCCAUCAAGUCGGCAAAAGUCAGCAGGGCUGCCCUUUGGAUUCUCGGCGAAUAUGCCAGCACCGAAGAUGACAUUCAGGCUGUCAUGAGCCAACUUCGACAAGCACUUGGAGAGAUCCCACUUGUUGAAGAUGAGAUCAAGAAAGCUUCAGGAGAAAAGACCGAAGAGGAAGCCACAUCUUCAGUGACUGUGCAAAAAUUAGUCACCUCUGACGGCACAUACGCAUCGCAGUCUGCUUUUAACACAACCAGUGCUGCUAAAAGUGGAGAAGUUCGACCCCCGAUGAGGCAAAUGCUGAUGGACGGAGAAUUCUUUGUCGGUGCUGCUCUUGGCACAACUUUAACUAAACUGGCUUUGCGCUUUUCGUUGCUGGUCAGUGAUGCCAAGAAGCGUAAUCGCCUUUGUGCUGAGGCAAUGCUUGUUUUGGCCUCCGUGAUUCAUCUAGGCCGUUCCGGCCUGCCGACGAAGAACAAGUCUGCGGAUUUUGCAAUUACAAAUGAUGACGCCGACCGUCUUUGGCUUUGUUUGCGGGUGCUCUCGAACAACGAUCGUCCUGCACAAAUUGCCACGGUCUUUGAAAGGGAAUGCCGUCGUGCUUUGGCCACCAUGCUGGCCGCCCAAGCUGAUGAAGAAGCAACUGCCCAGCGAGCUAAGGAAAAGCCAGGCGCCAUUGUGCAGCCAGAUGAGCCUGUCUUGUUUGCCCAGCUGGCUCCAAAGGGUGACCUUGGAGGUCAAGAAAACGUUUUUGACGCCAGUCUUAGCCAGGCAAUGGGUCUGGCCAGGAGUCAAGAUGCAUCAAUUGCUGCCUCUUCUAAACUCAACAAGGUCACACAACUGACUGGUCUUUCUGAUCCAGUUUACGCUGAGGCUCUGGUGCAUGUCAACCAGUACGAUAUUGUUUUGGACGUGCUGGUCGUCAACCAGACUGAUGACACUCUGCAAAACUGCACUCUAGAGCUUGCCACCUUGGGCGAUUUAAAACUUGUGGAAAAGCCUCAGCCGAUUGUUUUGGCCCCGAGGGACUUUUGCAACAUCAAGGCCAAUGUCAAAGUGGCCUCAACAGAGAAUGGAAUCAUUUUUGGAAAUAUUGUGUAUGAUGUGAGUGGCUCCACUUCUGACAGAAAUGUUGUUGUAUUAAAUGACAUUCACAUCGACAUCAUGGACUACAUUGUGCCAGCCAGUUGCACAGACACAGAAUUCAGGCAAAUGUGGGCAGAGUUUGAAUGGGAAAACAAAGUUUCCGUUGUCACCAGUGUUUCCGAUCUGCACCAGUAUUUGCAGCUGCUGCUGAAGAGCACAAACAUGAAGUGUCUGACUCCCGAGAAGGCCCUCUCCGGCGAGUGCGGCUUUAUGGCAGCUAACCUGUAUGCUCGUUCCAUCUUUGGCGAAGACGCCCUGGCAAACCUGAGCAUUGAAAAGCCCUUUGGCAAGCCAGACGCAUCUGUUGUUGGACACAUCCGCAUCAGAGCCAAGAGCCAGGGAAUGGCGCUCAGUCUUGGCGACAAAAUCAACAACACGCAAAAGGCACCAAACCGAGCACCAGCUAAUGCUUAAAUUUUGUUCUGCAUUUUUACUACUCGUAGAGAAUUAUUGCAUUGUCACUUUUGAUUUGAUAGUGUUAAUAAAUUUAAGAAAAUUAAUCUGAUGUUAAAUACCUGUUGCAUAUCGUUUUUCACCGUAAC